GCCCCAGCUCACGGAGGCCAGGGCCCUCAGGCCUGCUGACCUAUGGUCAGCCCCCAAAGGGAGGAGGCCUGACCUCGGGUCAGGCCGGUUACCAUGGAAAUGCCCAGCUGGAGAUGCCCCCCUAAGGCCACAGGAUACCGCUUCCAUUCAGAGAAAACUUUACUAGUUCUGGGUUCUUUCUCUCUCCUCCCCCUUCCUAAAGGCUCCCAGGUUGCCAGAGAUGGGAGCCAGGGUUCUGCCUGACUCCAAGACUGGGUGACACAUCCAACCCCUCACCCCCACCCCCACGUUGCUACCUCUACCCCUGCUUCUGGGGACAGGCAGCAACAGGGACAGAUGGUCUGGGUGAUGUUCCCUCCCCUUCUCUUCUCACUCCCAAGCCCUUGUGCUCGGGCUACUGGUAGUUGUUGUGGCUCUGGAGAGAUGAUGAGUUUUAUUUGUGUCCAUUCACUGGAUGUGUAAAUAGAGGCCCCUGAGCUUUGGGGUUUAGCUCUGCAGAACUGUUACCCAGCCCUGGGUAAUGUGCCUGUCAUUUCUCUAGUGAGAAACUGAAGCUCUGAAACUUUUUCCAGAGUUAGAGAGGAACCCUGGUGUCUUGCCUCUCCUCUCUCUAGGAUCUUACACUGAUACUCAGAGUGGGCCUGAAACCAAGGAGCAGGGCAGUAAUGGUUUUGUGGAAAGGAGGGCCUAGGUAGAGGAUGAGGGCCAGGUCUCCUAAUCUAGACUGUUGGGUGUAUUGCCCAGGCAGUGUUUCUGGUGGGCAAUGUGAGCUUUGACUUCUUACAUGGCCUUAUCUGUCUGUGGAGUGGCGGGGACUUGGGACUGGGUGGGACGGUCUCUUUCCCGAGGACAUGUGCUCCUCACUCAGUUCUGACUGGCUUGUGAAGGCUGCGUGUCAUACUGGGAGCCUGUGGAUGUGACAUCUGAGAGCUCAUGUGUGGGGCGAGGGCCUGUUGCGGGCACCCUGAUCCUGCCUGGGGCUGCUGGGUUCCAACCCUUGGUAGGCAUGUUGGGGCGAGCUGAGGGUGGAAGCCUGCUAGGCAGGAUGAGACACACGCGUGUGCAGGUACACACAGGCUCUGAGUUUUGGCGCCUUCGGGGACCGUGUAUGGUAGGCCCCUCUGGAACCCUCCUUUGGCCCAUAUUGUGAGGAGGGGACCCAGGGGAGAGAAUUACAUGGCACAUGUUGGCACAGGGUCUUCCUUUGUCUCUCUCCCCCCCCCCCACCAAGGAACAGAAUAGAUUUUGUAUCAAAAUUAGAGAGGGGGCUCAGAUACAGCCAAUACCCUUCCAAAUGCAAUCAAGUUUGUGGGACAUGAGGAAGCAGCAGUGGCUAGGACUUAGCUUCACUUUCUCCUCCUGUCUGGUGGGGAGGGGGAAAAUGGCAUUUGGGACCUGGCUGGCACCCAACUAUGAAUAUAACACUUCUUCCAGUCAGGUAAUAGUAGAGCAGGAAACUCUAUGCUGCCGGGUGAGGUGGAGAGGGGACACCUGUGCAUAGGCAUAGAUACACACCAGCAGAGACCCUGUCUAGUUACCACUUGCCUCCAAACUGAGCCCCUGAAACCUAGGCUCCUUCCCAGGGGCUUCUUAUUUUCUGUUUGUAAGGAGAGUGGGAUCCAUUGGAGGCCCAUCUACCUCCCUCCUCCACAGCAAGUCUAAAGAAAGAAAAGGGGUUGAGUUGAAGCUUUGGGUUUCUGGUUUGUAGACAAUACUGAACCAUGGUAGGUGUGGGGGAGGGGGCUGGACUGAUAAGGGAGUGGCCGUUGGUGGGAGAGGCAGAAGGCCCAACUGGUUAUCUAGUGGGCAACACUCGGCAGGCACCCCCCCCCCUUAUCUUUUUAUCCCCUGCCCUCCUGAGACCCUGGGGGUGGAGAAGGGGCAGGGAGUUGGCAAAAUCCCCCUUCACCCUCUCCCAGCUUCAUCUCCAGAGUGCAGUAGGGGAGUAGAACUACCAUAGGAUAUGGGACUCAGAAGACUAGGCUCAAGUCCUGGUUCUGCCAGUUACCAACUCGGUUGUUCCUCAAAGUCAUUCAAGCUGUACUCACCGAAGGAGCCCCCCAACGGCAACGCCUUCCCGCCCUUCCAUCCCGGCACCAUGCUAGAUCGGGAUGUGGGCCCAACUCCCAUGUACCCACCUACAUACUUGGAGCCUGGGAUCGGAAGGCACACACCAUAUGGCAACCAAACUGACUACAGAAUAUUCGAGCUUAACAAACGGCUUCAAAACUGGACAGAGGAGUGUGACAAUCUCUGGUGGGAUGCUUUCACAACUGAGUUCUUUGAGGAUGAUGCCAUGUUAACCAUCACUUUCUGCCUGGAGGAUGGACCAAAGAGAUACACCAUUGGCCGGACCCUGAUCCCGCGCUACUUCCGCAGCAUCUUCGAGGGGGGUGCUACAGAGCUCUACUAUGUGCUUAAGCACCCCAAAGAGGCAUUCCACAGCAACUUCGUUUCCCUUGACUGUGACCAGGGCAGCAUGGUGACCCAGCACGGCAAACCCAUGUUCACCCAGGUUUGUGUGGAAGGCCGGUUGUACCUGGAGUUCAUGUUUGACGACAUGAUGCGGAUAAAGACGUGGCACUUCAGCAUCCGGCAGCACCGAGAGCUCAUCCCCCGAAGCAUCCUUGCCAUGCAUGCCCAGGAUCCCCAGAUGUUAGAUCAGCUCUCCAAAAACAUCACCCGGUGUGGGCUGUCCAAUUCCACUCUCAACUACCUCCGACUUUGUGUGAUACUCGAGCCCAUGCAGGAGCUUAUGUCCCGCCACAAGACCUACAGCCUCAGCCCCCGUGACUGCCUCAAGACCUGCCUUUUCCAGAAGUGGCAGCGCAUGGUAGCGCCCCCCGCGGAGCCUGCACGGCAGCAGCCCAGCAAACGGCGGAAACGGAAGAUGUCUGGGGGCAGCACCAUGAGCUCGGGGGGCGGCAACACCAACAACAGCAACAGCAAGAAGAAAAGCCCAGCCAGCACCUUCGCCCUCUCCAGCCAGGUACCUGAUGUGAUGGUGGUGGGGGAGCCCACCCUGAUGGGCGGGGAGUUCGGGGACGAGGACGAGAGGCUCAUCACCCGGCUGGAGAACACCCAGUUUGACGCGGCCAACGGCAUUGACGACGAGGACAGCUUUAACAACUCCCCUGCCCUGGGCGCCAACAGCCCCUGGAACAGCAAGCCUCCAUCCAGCCAAGAGAGCAAAUCGGAGAACCCCACGUCACAGGCCUCCCAGUAGAGGCCCCGCCACAGCCACCCAGCGCUCUGCCUGCCUGCCCCACCCCUCGCAGCCCCAGGGAGCAGAAGACAGAAUGAAGAGACUGAGCAUCUGAUAUGGGCAGCCUCAUCCCCCCGCUUCAGGGAGGAACUGGACUUACUGGGGGCAGGUGCCAAGAUUUGUCCCCCAGUGGCCCUGGGCUGGGGCUGGCCUCUGCAGAGCCUUUUGGGGGAAGGGGGGCCUCAUGCGGAUGCCUGCGUGGACCCUGGGCCUCUGAGAAAUGUCCUGACCACCCCCCCACCCCCCGCCCAGGGCAUUUGCCUCCAUCCUCACCCCAGGUUCUGGGUACCCCCAUCUUCCUGACUCCACCCCCUUCAAGCCCAGGGUUGUCUACACCCACAGCCCUUAGGGACUUAAAGUCAUGGGGCUUGGUUGAAUGCCCCUUCCCCAAACUCUCCCUUUAGGUGGCUGGUAGUAGAGGGGUAAAGCUCUGGACUCCUCCCUCCUGCCAUCUAUCCCAGCUCCAAGUUUUUAAAAAAAUAAUAUUAUUAAAAAUGUAAGUUUUAAAAAAAAAUCACUCAUGUCCCCCCCUCUUCCCCUUAUUAAAGGUCCAGCUACCUCCCUUGGCCUGGCAGAUGGGGAGCUUAGAGCCCAUGUGGAGGAAGGGGGCUGUGCGUUACCAUUUGAUAACAGUUUGAGAGCUUCAGACCAAGGAGACCCUUUGCCAUCUCUCUUCCCUUCUCCUCGGGGUGACUGGAGUGUGGAAGGCACGCCACGGGGCUGGGAGCCAUUGAUGGCCUCACCCAUGUGACAGCCCCCUGCUGUUGUCUUUGUCUCCCUCCUCUAGGACUGUGGCCUGCCCUCCUAGUGCUUGUGACUCCCUCUGUCCCAGUCCCCACCCCCUCCCUCCACGGUGUGUAUAUUCUUCACCAGCCCUCCCCUAGAGCAGCUGUCUGCCUGGGGGGAGGGGGGGGGCUCCCUCCCUCAGGGAGUGUGGAGGGAAGGGAACAGCCUUGUUUGUUACUGUGUUUUUGUUUUGUCUCAGUUGGGCAGGCAUGGGGGUGGAGGAGGGAGUUCAUCUACUCUCCAGUACUCUCCUUUUCCCACCUCCUCAAACUGCAUAUCUAGUCCUCCCCUGCCCUUCAGAGGGGUAGGAGCCACUGAGGAUGUCCCCAGCUCUAAGCCCACCAGGGAGCAAUAGGCUUUUGUCCUCCAGCUGAAGUAAAGGCUCUUCAUCUCCCAAUAUCUCCUUCCUCCCCUUCUUCACAGAAGGACAGGAGGCAGCCAGGAUCCUCAGCUCUGCCUCACAAUUGGAUGGAUGUGUGGAGGCUCUGGGCCCAGGGUGAGGCCAAGAGCAGGGUCCCACGAGUCUGGGCCCAGCUCUGGCUUCGCUGCCUUCUCCUGUGGCCAGUUCCAGAAGUGUUAGCACCACCUCUCCCCACUUCCUUCUGGAUUUGGGGCCCCCCACAUCCUGUUUCCUCCACUCCAGCUGCCACUAUUGGAAGGGUGUUGUGUCAGGAGCUGAGGGAAGGGGUAGGGAAGAUGGAUGUCCCACCCCAACUGUAACGCCUUUUUUUUUUUUUUUUUUUUUUUUUGGGCCAUUUGAGUCAUGUAUGGUAUCGAUCAAUAAAGAGACUUUUUGGUUUGAGAGUG